AAAUAUUUUACUUGAGUACUACUAAAAAAGGAUUUGCCUUUGCUAUAAAAUAACGGUGUGGAGACUGGUCGCUCAGUGAAACAUGCAAGUGUCAAAAGUGUUAAAAGUUCUGCUUUUUACCCGUUGCCAAUAUUCAAGAAUCAUAAUUUCAAAGAAAAAACGAAAAAGCGUGCUUCCAUGUAAAUUAUAAUGGCACAAACUUUGAAGAGAGGUUCUGUUCUGCCAAUGGUGUUGUCGAGGGAUCCUUCGCCGGAGUUCUUCAAAAGCUCCGCCAUGACAAAAGCCGGAGCUUUGGCUGCCAUCUUUUACAUGGCUUGUGCUGUCCUCUUGAUGAUGUUCAAUAAAGCUGCUCUUUCUUCAUACAGUUUCCCCUGUGCCAACGUCAUCACCCUGUGCCAGAUGAUAUGUUCGUGUUGCUUUCUUUACAUGCUACGAAGUCUAAACCUCAUUUCUUUUACCACCAACGAAUCCGAGACUUCCAAAUCAGCAUAUGUUCCGAUUAGGACAUUCUUCACCACUGCACCUAUUUCCUUAACCUAUUUGCUUUACAUGCUAGCGAGUAUGGAAUCUGUUAGGAGUGUGAAUGUUCCCAUGUAUACAGCCUUAAGAAGAACUACAAUCAUACUCACAAUGAUGCUCGAGUAUGUUCUCGUGAGGCAGAGGUAUACACGUUGUAUUCUUGGAAGUGUGGUGUUAAUUAUGUUGGGUGCUUUUGUUGCGGGAUCGCGAGACUUUUCAUUCGACUCCUAUGGUUAUAUAGUUGUUUUCAUGUCCAACAUCACAACAUCUGUGUACCUAACAACCAUAGCCCGAAUAGGGAAAUCUAGUGGACUCAAUAGCUUUGGCCUUAUGUGGUGCAAUGGAAUUUUAUGUGGGAUCGUUUUAUCGGUUUGGACCUUUGUAAGUGGUGAUUUGGAGACAAUAAUGAAUUUUCCAUAUUUGCGUUCUCCGGGAUUUCUGGUAAUGUACAUCAACCAUGAUGUCUUCACGGUUUUGCUCGGGUGGGCUAUUUUCGGUGGACUGCCAUUUGAUUUGUUGAAUGUCGUGGGACAGCUUAUCGGCUUCCUUGGCUCGGCCAUGUAUGCAUAUUAUAAGCUUACUGGGCAAUAAACAGCUUAAGUCUAAUAUGUCACAUAUUGUAGAAGAAGAUCAUGAUGAGGCCCAGUUAUGAAAUCUGAGGUGUCAUUUAUAAUCUGUAAAUGGUGACUCCACUAGAAGUGUUUUAGCUUUCAGAAUCAGACAAGCACUUGUGUAGAUUGCCUUGCUGGCUUUUGCUGUCUGAUUUUGGAAACUUGUCCCUACUUAAUUGGGAUAUGUAAUGUUUGUUUUGUCCUUAUUAGCUAAUGUGGCAGCUAAGGUUUUCACUAGUAUUAAUUAAGAAUUGGAAAAGCACUUUUUUUUCCUGGAUUGUUGUGAUUAUGGCUGUUGCUUAAUUUGGCUAAGUUUGCUCCUGCUUAAAGGGGACUGCAAUGAUUUUUCAUUUUGUUGUGUGAUCAGUAAAGUCUGAUUUGAUGAAAUAAUGUACACACAAUGUUGGCAGUUGGCUGGUGAAUGGUGG